AUGCAGCCGUUCCAGUCCGCAGCCCGCCCCGAGGGCCCCAGGGAGUCUUCCCCCGAGAGGGCGAAGUCCCCCGACACCCCAACAGCACCCGUCCUCAACUUCUCCAUCGCAAGACUCAUGGAGCCCGACAGGAAGAAAUCUGUAUCACCAGAAAUACCACCACCUCCAGGUUUUCUAUCAUACGGAGCUCAUCUCCUGGACUCAGCUUUCAAACAGUACAUACCAGCGGCGAGGAGACAGUUAGUAUCACAUUACCCGCUACUGUAUUAUGGACCUGACCUAGUGUCGCUGACUUACGCCCAUCAACUGCAUAUGCCUCGACCUCCGCCGGUACAAUCUCCUGUGCCGCGACCUCCAAGUCCAAGAGCUCCUGCCGCAGACCACGCGGUCUCUUCAACGACUGGCCCAACACCGUCACCAGCGAAAAAUAAAAGCUUCGCCUGCGGUGACUGCGGAAAAGUCUUCAACGCGCACUACAACCUAACGAGGCAUAUGCCCGUACAUACAGGAGCCAGGCCUUUCGUCUGCAAGAUCUGUGGCAAAGGCUUUCGCCAAGCCUCGACAUUAUGCCGCCACAAAAUUAUACAUACAUCGGAGAAGCCACACAAAUGUCUGACCUGCGGAAAGGCAUUUAACCGUUCCUCUACCCUGAACACCCACGCAAGAAUACACGCCGGUUACAAGCCCUUCGUCUGCGAAUUCUGCGGCAAGGGAUUCCAUCAGAAGGGCAAUUACAAGAAUCAUAGAUUGACGCACAGCGGUGAGAAAGCUUACAAAUGCAAUAUAUGUAACAAAGCCUUCCACCAGAUAUACAACCUGACAUUCCACAUGCACACACACAACGAGCGGAAGCCGUUCACAUGCAGUAUAUGCGCUAAAGGGUUCUGCAGGAAUUUCGAUCUUAAAAAGCACACGAGGAAAUUGCACAUGGGUGCUGGUAGUACUAAUAAUGAUUCUUCUCUGGACACGCAGGACGAGUCGACCCAAGAGGCGACGACUAGUCCAGGGGAAGAAACGACAAGAGCAGCCUUCAGACCCUUCCUAGGAUCAGCCUACCCUAGAAUCCUGGACCCUACACGGAUGACCGCCCCAAAUACAUUCUUCUCCAAACUAUUGUGA